CUGCAACGCGACUGGCUAUGCGCCUUCGAUCUCUGUUAAUAUGAGGAGGUUGCCUCACGGAUGCAGUGGACUGCAGCAUGAGUGCCCCUGCACGACUGGGUCGGGCCGAGGAGGAGUGCGAGGGGGACAGAGACGGCGAUAGAGUGAGACGGAGGAGUUGCACUUCGUUGCCUUGAAGGGCCGGGCCGCGAGCCUGCCUCCCAUUGUCUAUAUAAAAGCCCGGCGAUACCGAUAGCGCUAUCCAGUAAUCCGCGGAGUCCCGCCCCAGCAUCAAGCUCUCGUCAACAUGCAGCUGAGUUCGGUCGUCGCGGUGCUUGCAGGCCUCCUGGUUCUAGUGUCCGGUCAGGAUGCGGACCGGAAAACGGGCAAGCGUGGAGUCCUAGGCCUGGGGUACCCGGGGCUGGGGUACCCUGGUCUGGGAUACCCUGGGCUCGGGUAUCCUGGAUACGCUGAUCACCUGUCGCCCCUAGGACCCCUGGGGCCGCUGGGGCCACUGGGGCCCUUGGGGCCGCUGUCAGCUCCACACCUGGGGCCUGCGCCCCAUCUGUCUCCCCACCUGGCACCCGCCCUGCUGGCGCCAGCCCCCAAGGUGCCCUCCCCCUACGGGCCGGGCCCCCUGCCGUACCCCGCUGCCCCCAAGGCUGCAGGGCCGCUGCACGGCCUGCCCGGCUAUCCGUACGGGCCGCUGCUGGGCUACCCUGGCCCCGGCCUCGGCCACGGCCUAGGGCCGUACGGACCCUACGGGCCCUACGCCGGACCGCUAGGCUACCCCUACGGCCUGCACUAGUACUACCGGACCUCACCACAGACGGCGCAUUUUUGGUGUCGUCCGGACGGAUGGUCGACAACGACGCUGGAGCGCCAUAGCGCCAUCGCGCUGCUGAGGCUGUAUAGAGCAAAUAACAAAUUAAUACAAAUAAAUGCU